AUGAUACUGAUGAUGGCAAUUGGUUCUCAGUGGCCGGAAUCAGGAAUUUUUCUCUCCAAAUUAUAUUUUUCUCAAGUUUGUCUUGGAGCGUGUUUUCUUCUCUGUGGAUUGCGCACGACAACGGAAGAGCUUCUUGUAGCCGUCAAGUCGUACAAAGCUAUCAUCUGGGGAAUUCUUACCAUACUCUUAGUGGUCCCUAUCACAGGAACGCAAAUCACAAAAACCAUACAGUUUGCGACAAUGAGAGAGGAUAACAUGACCACCUCCCAGUCUACAGUUGUUGGAAAUGUCACUGCAAUUGGUCCCACUGAAUUUGCUUUUGCGCUCCAAGUUUUCUUCACCGUGCCAGCAAGUAUGUCUGGCGGUGCCAUUCUUUCCUUGCUAGCUGGAGGUAACUUUUCCCUUGCGAUCUUACUUAUGGCAAUAACAAACCUUGCUGGAGUGUUUAGUGUGGCGCCUAUGCUAGUCUGGAUGACUGAUCUCAGCAGUGGAGUAAAUGUGACCAGAUUUGGAAAUAUCAUGAUUGUAUUUACACUGGUAACUGUGCUACCGACUAUUAUCGGUAAGUUGCUGAGAAUUUUCAAUGCUGUUGCCGAAAAAAUCGACUCGUGUAACAGAGGAAUCCACUACACUGUUAUAACUCUAUUCCUUCUCUCCACGUGGCCUGAAGUGAGCAGGGCGCAAGUGCAAGAGAAGUUUAACAAUAUCGUGUCCAUGAACGUUCUCAUUAUUGUUGGCUACUCCUCUAUCAUGCAUAUCAUGUUUCUGCUGCUCAACUGGAUCGCGGGCGGUUUUCUUAACCUUGCUCUGCCAGUUAAGAAGACAGUUGUGAUCCUUGGAAGCCAUAAGGCAUUGUCGUUUGCUCUUAAGGUGCUCAAGUUCCUCUCGACCAAUGUUGGCUCAAGGAGACUGAUGUCAAUCGUUUGUAUAAUAUCGUAUUUGACGCUUCUCGUCCUUGACUCAAUCAUCGUUUGUAAAUGGGCCACAAUUACUGAAGACGAGAAAGACAAGGAAAAAUCUACGGCAACAUAUGGUACGAUACCGCAAGAGAGCGACUGAGGACUGUGAUUAAAAAAUUCAUUUUUGUCCUGGUUUUGCAAACCGCGCCUAAUUUUUUUAUACAUUUGGGAACCACAAAAACAUUCUUGUGAUAAUCGACACAAAUCGAUGAAAUCGUAAAUGAAAAAGAAAAACGAAAAUGUAGCGAUAAUUUUAAGAGACACUGACGACAUAAAUUGCUCGUAAAAUAACCCGAAACUGAGUGAAAUAAUCACCCAAUCUAAUGAUCUACCGAAAACGACGGAAUUUCUCGAGUACAUGCGCGCAAUGCAUUCCGGUUGACUAGGAUCCUUGAAAGGUUGUCUAACAAUCAUUUGAAAUCACUAACUCUCAAAUUGUUUGAUAAUCAUGGCGUAACUUUGUUUUUACCUUUCUCGUGCCCAGUCUUAAUCAGUGGUGAGCUAUGGACUCCGCCCCACACUAUAGCUCGAGGAGGUAAAUGUCCCCGUUACGUAACAAGAUUGCGGUCUUUCGCCUUACUUUCUUACGGACCCAGUUAUGAAAUAUACUCAGCUUUUUCGGAUCCCGACUUAAAGUUUUAAGUAUUUCAGAAGACCGUACUCUUAACCUUGAGGUUUGGGAAGCUUCUCUUUCUCCAAUAUUUUGGUGGGUGCACAUGCAUACCUCUUAGGAGGCUCUUGACGGACAUAUGAUUUGGGUAAAUAUUUACGUUUUGCUCACGGGGCUUGAUUUUCAAAUCCGGGAUAAUUUAUUCUGCUUAGGAAAAUCAGUGAAAUAAAGUAAGGUUAAAUAUA